AUGGCCGCCGUCGCCUGCUUCGUCCCGCCCAUGUCCGCCAACAUCUACUACCCCGUUCUCGCCCCCAUCGCCGAGGACCUCCACGUCUCCGUCGCCGCCGUCAACCUCACCGUCACCUCCUACAUGAUCCUCCAGGCCAUCUCGCCCACCCUCUUCGGCGACUUCGGCGACAUGGCCGGCCGCCGCCCCGCCUUCCUCGUCGCCUUCGCAAUCUACCUCGUCGCCAACAUCGGCCUCGCCCUGCAGCGCAACUACGCCGCCCUCAUCGUCCUGCGCAUGUUCCAAUCCGGCGGCAGCUCCGGCGCCAUCGCCCUCGGCUUCGCCAUGGUCGCCGACAUCUCCAUGUCCUCCGAGCGCGGCAAGUACAUGGGCAUCGUCGGCGCGGGGAUCAACGUCGGCCCCACCAUCGGCCCCGUCCUCGGCGGCGUGCUCACGCAGUACUUUGGCUGGGCGUCCAUCUUCUGGUUCUGCGUCGCGCUCAUCGGGGCCUGGCUCGUGCCGUUCGCGCUCUUCAUCCCCGAGACGUGCCGCAACGUCGUCGGCAACGGGUCCGUCCCGGCGCAGACGUGGAACCGCCCCGUGCUGGACCUCAUCCGGCGGCGGCGGCGGCACCGCGAGCGGGAGGCGGCCGGGCUGGAGAGGCAGGAGUCAGUGGCGGGGCAGCCGGCGCGCAAGCUUAGGUUCCCGAACCCAUUGAGGGCGGUGAAGAUCAUCUUUGAAAAGGAGAUGGCGCUGAUCCUGGUGUACAAUUCCUUGUUGUACGUUGCCUUCAUCGAUGUGGCCGCGACGCUGGGGACUUUGUUCCGCGAGAUUUACCACUUUAAUGAUUUGCAACUGGGGUUGUGUUAUCUGCCGUACGGCGCGGGCUGUUGCAUCGCGAGCUUGGGUCAGGGGUACGUGCUCGACUGGAACUACCGGCGCAUCGCGAGGAAGAUCGGAUUCACCAUCGACCGCAGGCGGGGCGACGACCUCAGCAAGUUCCCCAUCGAGAAGGCCCGCCUGCAGCCGGUGUACCCCGCCGUCAUCGUCGGCCUGAUCACGCUGGUGGCGUACGGCUGGGUGCUGCAGCUCGAGACGAGCGUCGCGGCGCCGCUGGUGCUGCAGAGCAUCAUCGGGCUCACCAUCACGGGAUCCUUCAGCAUCAUGAACACCCUGAUCGUGGACCUGUACCCCGAGGCGCCGGCCACGGCCACGGCCGCGAACAACCUCGUCCGGUGCCUGGUGGGCGCCGUGGGCACGGCCAUCAUCGAGUACAUGAUUUCUGGCAUGGGCAGGGGGUGGUGCUUCACGUUCAUUGCUGCGUUGUGCGCAGUGACCAGUCCGAUGAUGUUUCUGAUUGUUAGAAAUGGGCCGGGCUGGAGGAAUGAGAGGCGGAUGAAGGAAGCCUCGUGA